AAAAUACCAAUAUGUUGAGGGACGAGAAACUUGCUUAUCAAGAUGAGCUUGAGAAGUAUAUGGAAGAGAAUGAGAUCUAUGAAAUCUUUGAGACAAUGAUGAAGACGCUGAUCAUUAGCAAGCCAGAUGACCCCAUCCCUCACUUACUGGACACACUUCAAAAACCUCAGACCAAAAGAAUUUUUAUCAUGGGGCCUCCUGGGAGUAAGAGGAAGGAACACAUUCUCACCCUUGCUGAUAACUUCGAAGAUUUUAAAUAUGAAGCGAUUUGUGUUGGUGACCUACUGAAUAAGGAAAUCACUAAGAAAAGUGACAUGGGAAAGAAAAUAGUCGCAGCCAGGAAGACUUAUUCUUAUCCAGAAGAUGACAUUGUCAUUGAAAUUGUCACUAAGAGCAUUGAGCAGUUAGAGAAAGAGAAGAGAAAUUGGAUUAUUGAAGGAUUUCCUAGGACUCGUAAGCAAGCUCUAGCUCUAACAGAGAUGGGCUUUAUUCCAGAUAGAAUGAUCUUACUUGAUGUUAAAGAUGAGUUAACAAAGGAGAGAAUCAAGCAGAACUUGACGAGUGAAGAAGCAAUAGUUGAGGUAGAUCCUGAGAAAAUUCCUUCUAUUUCUCAGGAUGCUCUUGAAGAAUACCAAACCCAUAUUGAAGGAGUUAAAGAAAUCUACAAAGGAAUUAUCUGCUGUGUAGACGGAAACCAAAAACAGGAUAUUGUGCUUCAAGAGAUUGCUAGAACUCUCAAGCUUAAGAUUGUGAAUACCCCUAAGAGAGCACCUAAAAUUAUACUUUUUGGAGUCCCAGGAAGUGGUGUGUCUACUCAAGCAGAGAAAAUUUCUAAAAAAUUUAAUGUUAUUCAUAUUCAAGUCAACAGUUUACUCAAGAGUAAAGUAGAAAAUUAUUGGGAAACUACAAAGAAAGGAGAUCCCAUUCCAGACAAGGUUGUUUUGGAAAUAGUCAGAGAAAGACUUGAAAUGACUGAUGCUAAAAUAAAUGGAUUUGUAUUGGAUGGCUUCCCACUUAAUAGCAAUCAGAUGUCUUUCUUAAUUAAUGAUUGGGGAAUCAAGCCUUCACAACUAAUAUUUUUAGAGGUGAGCGAUCACAAGGCUUAUGAGAGAUUAGAAGAUCAAAUGUUUGACCCAGUCACGGGAAUAUCAUAUAGCAUUACAUCCAACCUCCCAGAAGACGAGACUAUCCUAAAAAGACUCAUGCGCUCCCCCGAAAACGAGCAUCACGUUCUCAAAAAGUCCAUAAAAAGGUACAAAGAAUUCAUCCUUGAGCUCCAAGACACUAAGGGUCUCUCCAAGACCACCAUCAACGGCGAAAACGACCCUUGCACCGUCUUCAAAGACAUCUGAUCCGAAAUAGAUUCCUAAAAUUCCUAUUCAGCCCAAAUUCAAUAAUUCAAAAU